AUGGGCAGCGAAGCCGCCGACCAUGGCGUCCCAGAGGCUAAUACUCAGCCGUUUGAACGCCAGCUUGCGGAGAAUUAUAUGGAGUAUAUGAUAUUCAUUCUAGACGACAAAUUGGAAGGUAUCAAGUACUUGAAGCGUCUUGAGAGCAUUAGCAAAGAAGCUGAUGGCUUGAUGAGAAGCGUCGACAAGAAUUAUAUCUGGCAGCGAGACGAAUUUAACCUCUCAGUUGUCAAUGAGCAAGGCUUGAUCUAUCUUCAUGGCAUCACGGAUUAUGGAGACGCAGUGGAAGAUGAGUGGCUGAUUGUCUACGUUUUGCGCGAGCUGUCCAAAGCUCACCCUGAACUGUUCAUCCGAGUAGCUGACGAGGAUGGCGAAUUUCUCUUAGUGGAAGCAGCCAAUGCACUACCGAACUGGCUGAAUCCCGAAAUUGAUCACUGCCGGGUUUGGAUACACGGUGGAAAGCUUGUAGUCAUUCCUUUGCUGAGCGACAAGACAAUGCCGAGCACUGCAAGGUCACUUACGCUAGCUGAUGCAGUGAGAUGCCUGCGAAACGAGACUGAUACCCUGAUUUACUCGCCUUCUAUUGAAGAUGAGGCAUUUUACCGACUUGAGAAGUAUCCAAAACAUGUGGACGCUUCGAUACACUAUUCUACAUUGACAAUUCCACGAAAGCUGGCAUACAUUGUGCAUGAGCUACCAAAGACAGUAUCAGCCGCUGUUGAAGCGUUUUAUCUCAGAGAUCAUACAGGGAUGAAGAAGAUUACUUCUGAUAUAGAGCAGCUUCAUCUACCACCGACUGACCUUGUCACUGUUAGUGUCAAGUUCAGUAGAGUCUUGUUCGCGCAGCUGCGCUCGCAACGUUUCGAAGCACCUCAGCUAUGGCUCAAUAGUGUACAAAGUCACUCUGGAGUUGAAGAGAGAAAAGAUGGGCCGGGCAAAAAUGUUCUUGGUCUCGAAGACGGCAUGAAAUUGACCUGUGGGUAUGAGAUGCUGGCCAUGACAGCAGAGAAGAACAAAAACCCCACUGUUCGCGAACUUGCUAUCAUGCUCCAGGAUUUCAUUGAAGAUGGCGACGAAGAACUUCCAACGAACCAGGAAAUGGAAACAUGGCUGGAUGUCAAACGCAACGACGACGAAAGCUGGCUCGAUAUAAACUAUGAAGAUUUCGAGCGCGAGUUAGAAGGGAAGAGAACACGACCGAGAAGCAAGAGCGGGCAUUCCUCAGGAUUUGGAGAUUCUCGAACACAAGAAGAUCUAAAGAAGAUCGUGUCGCGUUUUGAGGCGUUCUUGAACAAUGAGACGGCCGGCAUGGAUGGCGCGGAGAUCAAUGAAAUGGAUAUGGAUAAUGAGGAGGAUGAAAACACGGACGAAUCUGACGAAAAUAGCGACAUGGAGGAUAAGGAAGUUAGUUUUGAUGAGGAAACCUUUGCUCAGAUGAUGAAGGAAAUGAUGGGACUGCCAGUGGACAAUCCGACCAUGGCUUCCACUGGCCAAUACAUAGGCCACGAAACAUCCCAGAGCACGAGUGCGCAAGACGCUCCCGCGAAAGACGAGGACAUCAGAGACGUUUCUAUGCAAAUGGAAGCUGAGCUCAAAGGCCAUGGCGCCUUGCGGCUGGAUCGCCUCCAGUCUCAGCAUAGCAAACUCGUCAACGAAGAAAAGUCUUGGGACAAAGCUGAAGGAGAGGAGUCAGAAGCGGCCGAAGCAGACCGGGAGGGCACAGAUGAAGACUCCCACAGCCAUGUUGACAUUGACUACAAUUUGGUCAAAAAUCUCUUGGAGAGCUUCAAGAGCCAAGGUGGAAUGGCUGGUCCAACAGGAAACCUCUUGGGGCUCAUGGGCUUUCGACUACCAAGAGAUGAGGACAAUGGCGAGAAAUACAAAUAG